AUGGUGCCUGCGGACUCUUGUUCCUUACCUUUCUUGGGUGGCAAGUAUUUGAAAACCCAGGAUGCGGGAACCCCUCAUGAUUCAAGAAAUAGUUUCUUUUGUAGAUACUGCGGCAAAGGGUUCAUGUCGAAGAGGGCCAUGGCUGGCCAUCUUCGGAUCCAUAGUCACCAUCACCCCACCUCAAAAACUGAGCUCCAACAACAACAACAAGAUGUUGAUGAUGAUGAUGAUGAUGAUGAUUUCUUCAGUUGUUUGGUUUGCACUGAAAGUUUCUCAUCGAUGAAGUUGCUGUGCCAGCAUACGAACAUCCAUCGUCAUAUGGAUUCGUCUCAAGAAAGCAAUGUUAUUUCAAGCGGAGUUGACACCGUUGUCAAACAAGGGAAUGGCCCCCACACCAUCGAUUCGCUCAAAGACUUUAAUUUCAAGUGGUCUCGAACUGGUAAAAGAGGCUCCAACAGAAUCCCUAGCCAGGAUGCACAGCCCUUGAAGUUGAGGGUGACACCCCCCCACAUGGAGACAAGGAAAAACAAGAAGAUGAAGACUGAAGAUACCUCAAUGGAGUUCGAACUAGGAGGUACAAAAAGUGCGAGCGGAGUGGACCCAUGCCAUGCAAGAAGAUCAAGGAAGAAUAAGGCGGUGAAAAGUGAGCACCAAUGUGAGAUAUGUGGCAAGACUUUCGAAACGGGUCAGGCUCUUGGUGGCCACAAAACAUAUCAUCGGGUGAAGAAGAACAAGGUGGAGUUAUUGCAGCAGGGCAAAACCAAACAAGAACCCUGUAUGAUGACCCCAAUGCUGUUGCCUCAUCUAUCUCAACAGCCUGAUCUAAGUCAUCCUAAGACCAUGCUGGAUUUUGAUCUUAAUAUCCCUUACCAACAAUAA